AUGGGUCCUCCGACUACUCGCGCUCGCACUCCAUACAAUCCCAGGGCCAGAAGCCAGACUUCGUCAGAAGCUUCUGGCAACUUUGCCAAUGCGAUCACGGCCUCGUUAUCCGAUGUGGGCGACGACACGUUUGUGCUCGGUCGUGACGCCAAGACCCUACGCGACGCCACCGCCCAGGCAAUCACUGAGGCCUGGAAGAACUCUAGCGGCGACGUCCGCUUUGAAGCAGCGAAAGAGGCCACAUGGCCCACCAGUGCCCUGCGACGCACCUCCGCACGAGGGACAAAGGUAGGCAAUUGCACUUUAAACGCUCUCGUUCUCCUCGUGCAUCCUUCCGUCGCCCAUCUCCUCGCGUCAUGA